GGAUACAAUCAGACACACACACAAGUACCAGGCACUCCUGCUCAGCUGAGCAAAAUGUCUUUCUCCUAGAAGUGGGUGCUCAUCUCAGCCUGCAGAUCCCUGACGAUGUUGCCAUGCUUUCCAUCCUGCCUCCUGCCUUUUGCUGGCUUUGCCUGCCUGCUUUUCCUGCCUGGGGGUCACCUCUGCCCUGCUGUCUGUAGCUGUAUGGACUACCACACCAUAGACUGCCGGGACCAAGGACUGCCCAGUGUUCCCAACCCCUUUCCUUUGGAUGUACGGAAACUUCUCAUAGCUGAUAACAACAUUCAGGCAAUACCAGCUGACUUCUUUAUAUUUUAUGGAGAUCUGGUCUAUUUGGACUUCAGGAAUAACUCCCUCACCUCUUUAGAAGAGGGCACAUUUAGCAGUUCUACCAAACUGGUGUAUUUAGACUUAAGCUACAAUAAUUUAACGCAGCUCGACGCCGGGACAUUCAAAUCAGCAGAGAAGCUGAUAAAGCUGAGCCUCGGCAACAACAACCUGGUGGAUGUGGACGAGGCUGCCUUUGAGAACCUGGAGCAGCUCCAGGUGCUGGAGCUGAACGACAACAACCUGCAGAGCCUGAAGGUGGCAGCCCUGGAAGCGCUGCCCUCGCUGCGCACCAUCCGCUUGGAGGGCAACCCCUGGGUCUGCGACUGUGACUUUGCCAACCUCUUCAGCUGGAUCCAGGACAACGCAUCCAAGCUGCAGAAAGGUCUCCAUGAAAUCCAGUGUUCCCUGCCCGUGGAGAACAGAAGGAUCUUUCUGAACGAGUUAUCUGAGGUCAGCUUCAGUGAGUGCAAAUUCAGCUUGUCAUUGACUGACCUUUUCAUCAUCAUCUUUUCUGGAGUCGCCGUGUCCAUCGCUGCAAUCCUCUCCAGCUUCUUCCUGGCCACGCUGGUGCACUGCUUCCAGAGGUGUGCUCCCAGCAAGGAUGAUGAUGAUGAUGAAGAUGACAGCGAGGACUGAACUUAAAUCCUUAAUUUCCCUUGGUUUAUCAGUUACCAGAUCAUCAGCCAAAGUCUAUGAGGAAAAAAAAGUAGAGUGAAAGCUUUAAACUCAUAAUGUGUAAGGAUCCCUUCUAGCCACAGGCUAGACCUGGGACUGUCAGCUCUGCUUGCACACCUGCCCUGCUGCAAUCAGACUGGGUUAAUUUCCAUGGUCCUUAAUCAAACACUGCGUUUAAACUUGAAGAUUGAAGGGAAAAGGAGGGAAAAGCAAACAAAAAAUUCCAGUGUUUUGAAAGAUGAGAUGCAGAUUCUUAUAAGUGCUUGCAGCUUGUUCUAGAUGCACUUUGAAAAGGACAGGAUGAAUGGAGGUGUUUCAGGUUGAAAAUACAGAGGCAAUUCAAAGUAGUAUCCUUCCUAGAUCUAACUACUGGGAAAUUCUAUUCAAACUCACACAAAAUGCAAUUAAAAUGAUUCCUGGACUUGUAGAAAGCAUGAGAGGAAGGUCAGCAUUUUCCCCUUAUAAAAGUUCUCCAGAAACAUCCAUCUUUCAUUUAAUGACAGCAAUUACAGGCACCAUUCAGAAAAAAAAAAAAAAAGAAAAAGAAAAAAUCUGCAAGUGAAUACGAUUCUGAGUCAUCCACUGCAGAUGCCUGGCACUUCUUUGGUCAUGGCACAAAUACUAAAUAUAACAUCCUUUUGCAUUUUUAGAUGCAGUGAAGUAAAGGAUUUCCCUCCCCAGCACCAGUAACUGUUGCAGCAUCCAGUCCAUUUAGCUAUUUUAAAGCACUAAGGGCUAUAUUCUGCUCCUGGUUAUACUGGAAUAACCCAAAUGAGAUCAACACCACCAUCCAAAUUGGCAACUGUAUAAACAAAAGUGAAAUCUGGCCCAAUGUAUUUCUGACUGUAUAACAGAUUUGUCAAAACUUGAGCUCUUCUAUAUGAUGGUAGAUAUUUUUGUUAAAAUUUAAGAAGACAUUUAUUACAAGAGAUUUUUGGAAUAGUGCUGGACAGCUUUUUAGGAUAAGUAUAUUUUUAAAAUAUUUGUAAUGGAAAUAUUUUUUUAAAGCUCUGUGUAUUUAAAAUGUUAUCUAGAUUAGCUGUGAGGGCUUAAAGUAAUGAACAACAUAGUAAUAAUCAAGCUAAGGACUGUAUGCUAUUAUAAAGUAAUUAGUGCUGAUAAAAAGUAGCAUUUGUUUCACUACUGUAAAUGCUAUUAUUUCUUUUAAAAAGCACUCUUUGUUUAAAUGACUGCCUUGCUCAGCAGGAGGAAUCCCCCUGUGUGGCUGGGGGUGGCAGGGUCCAGCAGCACUCCUGUGAUCCCACCCAGCAGCUGGAGCCUUCAGCAAGCCACACUCUGUCUGCCUGUCUGUCUGUCUGUCUGUCUGUGCCUCAGCUCAGAGCUCAGCCUGACCAGCACACAGCUCAAUCCAUCUCAAUUCCAUCAGUGCUGGGGCUGCAGGGGGGGCUCUGCCCCUGGACCAGCCCUGCCCUGCUCUGGGUGUGCUGGGGUCACAGCCAGGAGGGAGCAUUUGUUCCUGCUCAGGGCACCCACUGCCCCAUUGCUGGGGCUGGCACUUCUGAAACCACACUGGGACAGAAGGAAGCAGGACAGGGAGAGGCUAUUCUGUAUCAAUACUGUCUUAUCCUAUUACAGUUCCUUCAAGAAAAAAUGAAAUGACA